ACAGUCACAUGAUCAUGUUUGCUGUCGUAAAGCUCUCUCUCAUCCCCUCAACCCAUUUUUGCCAGACAUUAGGCCAGUAUUUUUUUAUAUAAAGCACAAGAUGUCCGAGACGCCCGUCCCAUCAUGUAUGAGAGCCGAAGACGUCCUGACAGAGAUCGAGUCGAACCUGCUGGAGUGUAAAGUGUGUUUUGAAAGGUUCUCCCUGCAGAAGAAAGACCAAACGGCACAAAAUCUUCCCUGCGGCCAUGUGCUCUGUCUCAAAUGCGUCUGUGCCUUGUCUCACCACGUCCAGAAGAAACUACAGUGUCCGUUUUGUAGGAAACCGUGGGACGUUGGCAGCACCUCUGAAUGCCGUGCGCUUGCAGAUCUCCAAGAGCUCCUGCUGAGUGAAUCUCGUCCCAAAUCGUCCUCUGGUCAUCAAGAAUGGAGUGAAAGCAUGGGUUGGGGGACAUUGUGUCUCCAUUCGGCUUUCGGAGGAUGGGGGACGAUGGUCAACCCUACUGGAAUGGCUGUGGACGAAACAUCAGGACACAUCCUAGUGGUGCACGAUGCUGAGAAGCGAGUCGUUGUUUUUGAUGCACAAGGAACUCUUUUAAACGUCUUUGGACGGUUGUCCAACAUCUGUUACUCACUAGAUGUUGCGUUGACUAAAACCGGACACAUUCACCUAACCUAUUCACCAAACAAACAAAUCAAACACUUCAAAACCAAAUCCCCUCCCCACCCUACCGUUCGAGGUUUUCGAUUGCCGUGGGGUGUAGAUGUAGACAACGGUGGACGGGUUUUAGUGACCGACGCUGAGUUGGGAACCCUAAACCAAGUCGUAUUGGACUUUUCUCAUGGCGUGGUUUUAGCUAAGCGAGUCGUUUUGAAAGAACUGAUGCAUCCGCGUUCGGUUGCUUCUUGUAGGGCUUCGGGAAACAUCGCAAUCGUGGAGCGACAUCGGAGCAGCUUCACGCUGAGGAUAUUCAAUAGUGACUUCGUUCCUUUGACGCAGAUGGACAGUUUCAGUCUUCACUUGAAGAACUCUUUGAGUUUGGUUAUAUCUGCGGUGGCUUUUGAUAGAAAUGGAGAUGUUAUUGUUGGGGACGUGCAGAAUGGCAUGGUUUGGAGUUUGGGAAAUCCACAGAAAAACCCUGCGCUGAUCCCACUAGUGAGUGGACUGAUGCGUCCAGCGGCGUUGGCUGCGACGGCGUUGAACGUGCUUGUUGUCUUGGACGGUGGAGACCAUGCGGUCAAGUUCUACGCUGUGGACACUGAAGACUUGUUUUUUUGAUCAAAAAUGAGCAUUGCUGAGUGGAUUACUUACAAAUUGUAAUCCGUUACUUAUUCCAAAUUACAUGACAAAAACUGUAGUUAUUAGUGUAAUCUACUACAUUACACAUCUUAGUUAAUAUAAUCAGAUUACUUUUGAUUACUUUCAGAUUACUUUUUAACUGUGUAUAUGCAAAUGUGCUACUUAUUGACUUAUUAAAAAGAGCAUUGCUGGGUAGAGUUACUUACUGACUCAAAAUUGGUUAGUAAUGUAAUAAAUUGCAUUACACAUCUUAGGUAAUUGAAUCAGACUUGGUUACUUUUAGAUUACUUCUGAACCGUGAAUAUUCAAAUGUGUUACUUAUUAACUUAUUAAAAUGAGCAUUGCUGAAUACUUACAAAUUGUAAUCUGUUACAGAUUCUGAAAUUGUAGUUUGUAACGUAAUGCAUUACAUUACGUGUCUUAGGUUAUAUAAUCAGAUUACUUUUUGAUUACUUUUCAACCGUGAAUAUGCAAGUUACUUAAUUAUUAACUUAUUAAAAUGAGCAUUGCUGGGUAAAUUACUUACAAAUUGUAAUCCAUUACUGAUUCCAAAUUAAAUGACACAAAUUGUGGUUACUAAUGUAAUCCAUUACACAUUUUAGGUAAUUUAAUCAGACUACUUUAGAUUACUUUUGAACGUUGAGUAUGCACACGUUACUUAAUUAUUAACUUAUUACCUUAUUAUCUUAGAGGGGCUUCAAAUAAAUGUAUUAGGUGAAAGAAGUUUGGCUGACAAAAAAAAAAAAAAAAAA